AUGGAGGAGGGCCCGAUGGCAUCGACCAAGCUCUACGUGGAGGAGGGCCCGAUGGCAUCGACCAAGCUCUACGUGGGCAACCUCUUCUACGAGCUCACGCAGCGCGACGUCGAGGCCGAGUUCGGCAAGUUCGGACCCAUCGAGCAGUGCGCCGUCAAGAAAGGCUACGCGUUCGUGCACUACGAGCAGCUGGAGGACGCGGAGCUGGCGGUGCAGGAGAUGAACGACAAGGAGCUGGGCGGCCGCCGCCUGCGCGUGGCAUUCGCCGUGUCGCACGGCACGCAGCGCCGCUACGACGGCCCGCCGCCGCCCCUGCAGGCCCCCGCCGGCCAGCCCCAGCAGCAGCAGCCGCCGCUGCUGCACAGCCCGCGCUUCCCCGUGAACGCGUCGCCCAACCUGUUCGUGGCCAACAUCCCGCCGCACAUCAAGAUGAGCGAGCUGGACCAGGCCUUCGCCCAGUUCGGAGAGGUCAAGAACGUCAAGGUGCUGCCCCAGGCGCGGCCCGACGCGCCCAUGUCCGCCUUCGUGGACUUCUCGGACGUGGCCUCGGCCCAGAAGGCCCACAGCGCCACGAUUAUCGUGGCGGGCCAGCACCUGCGCACCGACUACAACUUCCGCAAGAACAAGGGUGACGGACCGCGUCGCAUGAACCGCGGCAGCUUCGACGGCAAUGGAUACGAGGACGAGGAGCGUGGCGGGGGCAGUCGCGCGCGCUACGACUCGUUCGACUCGCAGUCCGGGCGGAGGGACCACGUGUCCAGCAGAUAUGAAGACGAGUUCGAGGACGCGGGCCACCGGCGCCACCACCACCACCGCUCGAGUCGUCCCCACUCGUCUCGGCACAGCCGCGAGGACCCGGAGGAGCGCGGACGGAGCGGCUCCCCGCCGCGUUACCGUCGUCACUGUAGCAGCAGCAGCCUGCGGAGAGGCGAGGAAGCCACCGGCAUGCGCGAGCGCUCGCGGGACUACGGCGGUGAGCGCGCGUACGGCCGCCCGGAUGAGGUGAACGAGUUCCAGCCGCGUUCGCAGCAGUCUGGAUACUACGAGUCGCGCUCGCGGGGCGAGCCGCGCGAGUACUCGGGCCGGGGGAUGGACAAGUCCCCGCAGGAGUACCGUCGCUACAGUCGUCCUGAGAUGUCGUCGUCGCGCCACGGAUCGCGUCGGGGCCCGCGCAACGACCGCAGCUGGUACGAAUUUGUCUCCUCAGCCCCCUCAGUCUGGGCCUCGUAGUCGCAGUCGCAGCCGCUAAGCAUGAGAUGGAGCGCUGUGCGAAGCUUUACCGCAGAUGUGUGGGUGGUUUGGCAUCUACUCGUGUGCGGGUGCAAACUAAAGCGGGGUGUUGGAAUACCGGAGUACGCCGUGGUGGAGUUACGAGAAGCAGCCCCGUUGUAUUUCGGAGGGCAGACUCGAAUUGACGAAAUGGACAAACCUUAUGUGGUCGCGAUGUGUUGGGGCCACAACUGCU